AUGGAUGACCCGGCCAGCCGUAUGCCCGGGCAGCUGCUGCCGCACAUGCAUCUGGUGUCGCAGUACCGCUAUCCGAACAUUCAUAUGAUGCCAAAUGAGACCGCCGUCGAGUACCUGAACAGCGCUCCCCGAAUCUGCCAAUCAAAGCCCAUGCAUUGGACUUUCUUAGAUUGCCCAGCUGACGGUACUGUCAUGCUCACCUGGCAGCCACUGAACCACCUUGGCAACAAUUUCUCCAGCGACGGAUAUGUUUGGGCCGACGCCGAGCAAGCAUAUACAUUCGAAGCUCGGGGCUACACCGUCGAAAUGUUUCUCCACCGCAGCGGAUACAAUCCUCGGAACGAGAACGUCGCCACCCACUCUCGCAGACGUUAUCGCAUUGUCUCCUCCAAGGUUCCAAACGCCCCGCAACCAGACCCAGCCCUGUGGAUCGUGCACUACUCGAGGGCCCCCCAGCAAGACCACAUGGCCGCCAAUCGCAUCCCCCCAACCCCCCAGGUUCAAUCUAUGAUGGCGCAACGCCGAUUCCUGCAAAGCCAAGGCCAAUUGGCUCGCAAGGAGUUCAUGCUGCACGACCGAAAUAGCUGGCCGACAAUCCCCUUCCCCUCCCAAAUGGGUCCACAAGGCUUCCAGCAGCCUCAGCAACCCGCCGUGGCCAACGCCCAGGGCAGACCAGGGUUUUACCCGCCGGGAGGCCCUCAGGCUGUCAACGCAGCUGCUAUAAGUAUGGCCGCGGGUAAACAGCCGCGCCCGAGCCGACCCCCACCGUCGGCAGUCAAUGCGACAGUCGGCGACUUCUCUUUGGAGGACGAGGAUGUUUCAAGUGGUGACAUGUUGGAUUUGCUCACGCCGCGUGAUGUCAGCAAGAUGCGCUACAUGCAGCAUCACGAGUGGAUGAACGAGAUCUUCUCCUCUCCCUACGCUAUUUCCCAGAUCACUCCCGUCUCCUUAGGACUCGGCCGCAAGGGUGAGCUUGAAACCUUGACGCAGGGGAUCUUCGACGCCCCUGCUGGCGAAGAAGGAGCCGAUGCCGAGGUCCCUGAGGUCACCAAGCUCGAGCCAGCUAAGGCCGAGGAGUUCACGGAGCGUGUGGCUAAGAAGGUCGCCGAUAUGACCGCGGAGAUUGAAAAAUUGAAGAAGCAGCACUCCCGUCGAAUGGAGCGUUUCAACCGAAGCUCGCUUUUCAAGGAGUCUGAGCUUCGUCUUCGGGACGCCGCCUCGGACCCUGCGGAGACUGGUACGGAAGUUUGGAGGCUGGAAGGUCGUAUUAUCAUCCCGGACGAGGAUGGCGAAGGCCCGGCCAACCCCAUCGAAGAGAAGGCCAAGUACAAGGUUGACGAUAUCGUUCGCGAUGUGGAAUCCGCCUGGAAGAAGCAGAUCAAGCCCGAACCCAAAGUCUCAUGCGUGGAGAAGGGUGGUCUGCUGGAGAAGAUUGAACCCGAACAGAAGGAUGAGCCGGAAGCUUUCCCCAGUGACAUGGUGCUGGACCAGGCCGAGAACCUUCUCACCGAUUUCGACCCCAACGGCGAUGGUGUCCCCUUGUCCAACAGUGAGAUCCCCGGUGACGUGGACAUGGAUCUGGGCGACCAACUGGGGGGUGGCGCGAACGGCGAAAACGGCGACUGGGUGAUGGUGAAUAAUGAUAACAAAGAUGCUGUGCCUGACGGCAGCUUGGAGGCCGGCUUCGACUUUACCAACAUCGACAGCGCCGGCGACGCCCUUGCUGCUUACACGGAGCAGAACGACGUCCUCGAUCUUCCCGAGAUGGACUCGGCGUUCGGAGACGCAUUCCAUGCCUCGGACAAUGAGCACAGUCAUCACCCUGACGCAGAUGAAAUGUCCUAA